AUGCUCUCUCAGACAGCCUCAUCCCCUCCACCAAGGGUGCAUAUUCUUGGACUAGGAAGUAUCGGCACAUUUACCGCUCAUGGCUUGCUAGACAUCCCCCAAAGGCCAGCAGUCACUUUGCUGCUUCACCGCGAAUCUCUACACGAAGACUACACUAGGAACAACAAGCGGAUCCUGUUGGAAACAGUCGACGGCCAAUCCGUCGGUCACACAGGAUACGAUGUGGAAGUAUACAGAUCAGGCAGCUGGUACUCACUUCCAACUUCCACCGUCACAUCAGAUACAAUCCGCCACCUGAUCGUCACCGUCAAGACCACUCAAACGCUCACUGCGCUGCGCGCCCUCAAGGACCGCCUGUCCGCCACAUCCACAAUCCUCUUCCUCCAGAACGGCUGCGGCAUCAUCGACGCCGUCAACGACUCCCUCUUCCCCGAUCCGGCGACCAGGCCUACCUACAUCGUCGGGGUGGUUUCCCACGGGGUGACACUCAACCGGCCCUUCCAUGUCACUCACACCGGAGCCGCAGCAAUUUCCCUCGGGCUGGUCCCUCGCGACAAUCCUGAUCCUACUCCUGCCGCUGAGCCGGACUACCUCCUCACCCUCCUACCCCAGUCGCCCCGCCUCAACGCAACCGCAUACCCCUACAGUGAAGCCUUCCAGAUCCAGCUCGAGAAGCUGGCCGUGAACGCUUUCUGCAAUCCCCUCUGCGCGUUGCAUGAUGCUCAGAAUGGGUUCUUAUUUACAUUACCGGAAAUAAGAAGGGAGAUACUCACGGAGAUUGCGAAUGUGGUGCUGGCAUUGCCAGAGCUGCGGAAUGUUCCCAAUGUCCGGGAGCGCUUCUCUGUUGAUAGACUUGAAGGAACCGUGAAUGAUAUCUUGGUCAAGACGGCGAAAACAACGUGCUCGAUGGUCUGGGAUCUGAGGACCGGCCGGGAGACGGAGAUUCGGUUCAUUAAUGGGUACUGGGUCCGCAGAGGAAAAGAGGUGGGAGUACCAACACCAAUCAAUGAGCGGUUGAUGGAGGAUAUUUUACAGCGAGGGGGUUAA